AUGUUCCAAUCGGCGGACACGGCAUGUGAUGUUCCAGCGCGGCGACCCGGGCAAGGCAUCACCCGCUCCGGCGCUGUGCCGCCCCCGAAGCCGUGGUUCUGGCCGGUCCCCUCAGGAAAAGCCGCUCCAGGCCUUAUGGAAGGAUGUGAAGCCUUUGAGGAGGUGCAGAAGAAAUCUGCCAGUAUGCUGCCUGGAGUAGCCAUAAGGGGAGGUUGGGCAGACGUGGACUGUUUUCGCUGGUACAUCGGAGUUCUCAUGAGCUGUGGUGUCUGCAUGGUCGUUCGAUCCCAGAAGACCCAGUGUGAACCAGGCUAUCAAGUUGAUCCAAAUAGCAACAAUCAGUGUACAGAUGUCAACGAAUGUGCAAGCAAUCAAUGUGGAGCCGGCUUCCAGUGUACCAACACUCCAGGAUCCUACACCUGUCAAUGCAAGACUGAGUUUACAACUAUCAUUUCAUGUUCAUGUCCAAGAAGCAAAGUUGAAGAUAUCGAUGAGUGUAAAUCCUCGCCCUGUCACCAUAACGCAACUUGUACCAACACGCUGGGUUCCUACCAGUGCGACUGCAACGCAGGGUUUAGCGCAUCAGCUUCAUCCACCAGACUCCGUGCAAAUAAGACCUGUGAAGAUAUCGAUGAGUGUGAAUCCCCGCCCUGUCACCAUAACACAACUUGUAACAACAUGCUGGGUUCCUACCAGUGCGACUGCAACGCAGGGUUUCAGACAUCAGCUUCGUCCAUCGGACUCCGUGCAAAUAAGACCUGUGAAGAUAUCGAUGAGUGUGGAUCCUCGCCCUGUCACCAUAACGCAACUUGUACCAACACACUGGGUUCCUACCAGUGCAACUGCAGCACAGGGUUUCAGGCAUCAGCUUCGUCCAUCGGACUCCGUGCAAAUAAGAUCUGUGAAGAUGUUGACGAAUGCAAAUCCGCACCCUGUGGCAAAAACACGUUUUGUGUCAACACGCCAGGUUCCUACCAAUGCAACUGCGUCGCAGGGUUUCAUGCAUCAGCUGCGACCACUGGCAUCGGUGCAGAGGACUGUGAAGAUAUCGAUGAGUGUAAAUCCCCGCCCUGUCACCAUAACGCAACUUGUAACAACAUGCUGGGUUCCUACCAGUGCGACUGCAACGCAGGGUUUCAGACAUCAGCUUCGUCCAUCGGACUCCGUGCAAAUAAGACCUGUGAAGAUAUCGAUGAGUGUGGAUCCUCGCCCUGUCACCAUAACGCAACUUGUACCAACACACUGGGUUCCUACCAGUGCAACUGCAGCACAGGGUUUCAGGCAUCAGCUUCGUCCAUCGGACUCCGUGCAAAUAAGAUCUGUGAAGAUGUUGACGAAUGCAAAUCCGCACCCUGUGGCAAAAACACGGUUUGUGACAACACGCCAGGUUCCUACCAAUGCAACUGCGUCGCAGGGUUUCAUGCAUCAGCUGCGACCACUGGCAUCGGUGCAGAGGACUGUGAAGGUAAAAAUGCCUGGAAGCAGCUGUUAGAGCAACCAAGGCAAGUAAUCGACUGA